AUGGGGCUAUCUGUAUGUCCCGAAAGGGAACACGCCGAUAAACAUAUAGACUACUCUUUCCAAAUGAGUGAGCAGAGCCUGAGCAGCAGAGAGACCAGCUUUCUCAUCAAUGAAGAAACAAUGCCUGCAAAGCGAUUCAAUUUGUUCCUGAGGCGGCGGCUUAUGUUUCAAAAAAAUCAGCAAAGCAAAGAUUCUAUCUUCUUCCGAGACGGGAUUAGGCAAAUUGAUUUUGUGCUUUCCUAUGCUGAUGACAUAAAGAAAGACGCAGAGUUAAAGGCGGAAAGAAGAAAAGAGUUUGAAAAAAAUCUCAGAAAAACAGGUCUUGAGUUGGAAAUAGAAGAUAAAAGGGACUCUGAAGAUGGAAGAACUUAUUUUGUCAAGAUCCAUGCCCCUUGGGAGGUAUUAGUUACCUAUGCUGAAGUCUUGGGAAUCAAAAUGCCUAUUAAGGAGAGUGAUAUUCCCCGACCUACGCACACUCCUAUGAGCUAUGUGCUUGGGCCUGUGAGACUCCCAACGAGUGUGAAGUAUCCCCAUCCUGAGUAUUUUACUGCCCAAUUCAGCAGACAUCGGCAGGAGCUCUUCCUCAUCGAAGAUCAGGCAACCUUCUUUCCAUCCUCAUCAAGAAACAGAAUUGUGUACUAUAUUCUCUCAAGAUGUCCUUUCGGCAUAGAAGAUGGGAAGAAAAGGUUUGGGAUUGAAAGGCUGCUAAACUCUAACACUUAUUCAUCUGCCUAUCCACUCCACGAUGGUCAAUAUUGGAAGCCAUCAGAACCUCCCAAUCCCACCAAUGAAAGAUACAUACUUCACCAGAAUUGGGCUCGAUUUUCCUAUUUCUACAAGGAGCAGCCAUUAGACUUGAUUAAGAAUUAUUAUGGAGAAAAAAUUGGUAUCUAUUUCGUCUUUCUUGGAUUUUACACAGAAAUGCUAUCCUUUGCAGCUGUAGUUGGCUUAGCUUGUUUUAUUUAUGGUUUAUUAUCAAUGGAAGAUAACACAAGCAGCACUGAAAUCUGUGACCCUGAGAUUGGUGGUCAGAUGAUCAUGUGCCCACUCUGCGAUCAAGUGUGUGAUUAUUGGAGACUAAAUAGUACGUGUUUGGCUUCAAAGUUCUCUCAUUUGUUUGAUAAUGAGUCAACAGUGUUCUUUGCAAUAUUCAUGGGAAUUUGGGUCACCUUAUUUUUGGAGUUUUGGAAACAACGACAAGCCAGACUGGAAUAUGAGUGGGACCUGGUGGACUUUGAAGAGGAACAGCAGCAGCUUCAGCUGAGACCGGAAUUUGAAGCUAUGUGUAAACACAGGAAAUUGAAUCCAGUGACCAAGGAGAUGGAACCUUACAUGCCUCUAUAUGCACGUAUUCCAUGGUACUUUCUUUCAGGAGCCACAGUGACAUUAUGGAUGUCUCUUGUUGUCACCAGUAUGGUAGCUGUAAUUGUGUACCGCCUGUCAGUCUUUGCUACAUUUGCUAGUUUCAUGGAAAGUGAUGCAUCCUUAAAGCAGGUCAAAAGCUUCCUUACUCCUCAAAUAACCACAUCACUCACAGGAUCAUGCUUGAACUUUAUUGUCAUCUUGAUCUUGAAUUUCUUUUAUGAAAAGAUAUCUGCGUGGAUCACAAAAAUGGAAAUUCCUCGAACAUACCAGGAGUAUGAGAGCAGUCUUACCUUGAAAAUGUUCCUGUUUCAGUUUGUAAAUUUUUACUCAUCCUGCUUCUACGUAGCUUUUUUUAAAGGGAAGUUCGUAGGCUAUCCUGGAAAAUACACAUAUUUAUUUGAUGAGUGGCGAAGUGAAGAGUGUGAUCCUGGAGGCUGUCUUAUAGAAUUGACAACGCAAUUGACCAUUAUAAUGACUGGGAAACAGGUUUUUGGAAACAUUAAAGAAGCCAUUUAUCCCUUGGCUUUGAAUUGGUGGAGACGCCGAAAAGCUCGGACAAACUCUGAGAAGCUGUAUAGUCGAUGGGAGCAGGAUCAUGACCUUGAAAGUUUUGGACCCCUUGGGCUUUUCUAUGAGUACUUAGAAACAGUUAUUCAAUUUGGAUUUGUUACACUAUUUGUGGCCUCUUUUCCUUUGGCUCCUCUUCUUGCUCUCAUAAAUAAUAUUGUAGAGAUUCGAGUGGAUGCCUGGAAACUUACCACUCAAUACAGGAGAACUGUAGCUUCUAAAGCUCAUAGCAUAGGUGUUUGGCAAGACAUUCUUUAUGGAAUGGCUGUCCUUUCUGUUGCAACUAAUGCCUUUAUUGUUGCAUUUACGUCGGACAUCAUUCCCCGUCUAGUUUACUACUAUGCUUACUCAACAAAUGCCACGCAGCCUAUGACAGGAUAUGUGAAUAAUAGCCUGUCGGUAUUCCUGAUAGCUGAUUUUCCAAACCACACUGCACCUUCGGAAAAACGAGGCUUCAUCACUUGCAGGUACAGAGAUUACAGAUAUCCUCCUGAUGAUGAGAAUAAGUAUUUUCAUAAUAUGCAAUUCUGGCAUGUCCUUGCUGCCAAGAUGACCUUCAUCAUUGUUAUGGAACAUGUUGUGUUUUUAGUUAAAUUUUUGCUGGCCUGGAUGAUACCUGAUGUUCCAAAAGAUGUUGUGGAGAGAAUCAAGCGAGAAAAGUUAAUGACUAUCAAGAUUCUUCAUGAUUUUGAGCUCAACAAAUUAAAAGAGAACUUGGGAAUUAAUUCUAAUGAAUUUGCCAAGCAUGUCAUGAUUGAGGAAAACAAAGCACAGCUGGCUAAAUCAACAAUCUAA